UCCUCUCACCUCCAGAGUCCUGACGCAAGCCCCCCGCCAUUGUUAACAUCAGCCCAGUGAUCCCGGGGAUGAUGAUGAUGAUGAUGAUGAUGAUGAUGAUGCGCGCAUGGAGGUGUGGGAGGGAGUUGCGCUGGUGAUCGGAUCGGUGUGUGAUUGGUCGGCGGGGAGGUUGCCCGACAGCCUGCGAAGAGUUUAAAGUGCUGCGGGAGAGCGCGACGUGGUUUAGAGAGCCGACACGAGCCGAGCCGAGCCGAGCCGAGCGAACCGGAAUCGAACCGGAGAAUCACAAAGCAGGGAGAGAGGAAGAGCGGCGGAGACAACAAGAAGCCGGAGACAUGACCGUGCGGCAACUUUUCCUUCUGUGUUGGAUGGGGAUUUUGGUUUGUUUGAGCGCAACAGAUGCCAGUCUUUUUGGGCAAUGGAGGGAUGACACCGCUUUACGAAAGAUGCGAGGCAUCCAGAGCGACGACACGAGUAAUGUGCUGUGGAAAGACCAGAACGAGGAGCAAGUUCAGAAUAUUUUCAAAAGAUUCCUGUUUCAUUACUCCAAAGCGCGCAACUCUGUCGGAGCUGUUCAACAAGAGUCUCACUCGGUUCACCCUUUGAUGCGACUUCCACCAAAACUAUCCCAGAGGAGAAAGAAGAAGGUGCUGCUUCUGAAAAUCCGAAACCUGCCGGAGGGGACGUUGUAAGAGGAGGACCUGAGGAAGGGAGGAAAUUGGACCCGAUUAAGAGGAGCAGCUGGCAGCUCCUUCCCAGGAUGAAGAGUCUACCGACACGGAGCGACACGCAGCAUCUCUGGCCCGCGUCUCCAGACAGAAACUUUAUUUUUUCUGAACAGAAAAUAAAUUAUUUAUAAAGAUAUAUAUAUAAAAAAAAACAAUAACUGGACUGCGAUGACAGAUAAGGUGUCUGGAUGCUUCCAAAUGUUAAUAACUGUACCUGAAUGUGACCCUGUUGCUCUGUAAAACAAGAUAUAAACACUUUAAAACUCUUGAUAUCAGCAGUGACUUUUUUUUUUUUUAUUUCAAAAGAAAAUUUUGGAAACUAAUUCAUGUAGCAAAGAGGUGAACUCUCAGUAAAGGGGAAUGAAAUGUAAAUGUAUAUUUUGUGACAUAAU